AUGAGAAUUUAUGGACCUAUGGUGUGGAAUUUUAUCAUUCAACGAUUUUGGAUGAAUUUUAAAAAUUUUGGAAUUGCAUUUCUGAAAAUUGUGAUUGGAAUGGCGACUUUUACAGCGAAAAAACCGAAAACUGUUGUCAAAUAUGCAACAUUUGUAGGUCUUUUGUAUGUGUCACUUGUUGUGACACGAAAUUUAUGUGAACGAGCGAGAGAGGAAAUGUCACGAGUGGACACUGGACUAUCUGUUAUUCCAUCUCUAAAUGCACCACACAUUUUUCUGAUCUGGGAAGGAAAUUCAGUGACCUCGUAUCAAUUUAGAGCAAUUGAAACCAUUUUGCAUACCAACCCAAAUGCAGAGGUGCUCAUCUUUUCCAAUGAAUUGGAUCUUGACACUUUUAAAAUAUAUUCCACACCAAAGAGGCAACAAGAAGAACGUUCAAAAGAACAAGCAGACUCAGAGGACAAUGACCAAUCGACUAGUACGACUCCAACUACUACGACGAUAAAUACACAUCGUCAUUCAUCCAAUAAUGAUCUUCGACAUGGAAGAGGAAAAACCAUGACGAACAGAAAGAAUAGAAAUUUAAAAUCUCUAACUCACCGAAAAUCCACCAAUUCCUUCCUCAAACAAAUGGUCAAAGAAAAGAGACACUAUAACAUUCAAGUGGUGAGAUUUAAUUUACAAGAAAUGACACACGGCUCAAAAUUAGGUCACGUCUUUGCCAAUACGUUGGUACGAAAUUUUGAUCCUCGCAUUCACUCUUUUCAAGCUCUUUCUAACUUUUUAAGAUUAUUCCUAUUGUACCAUUUUGGAGGACUCUACAUUGAAAAUGGACAUUUUCUAAUGAGACCCAUGCAUUCACUUUUUAACAAUACGAUUGGAGUGACUCUUCAACCCUUAACUGGCAAGACAUCAUCAGUAACUUCCUCAUGUGACUAUCAUUCAACAUUUUCGAUUGGAAAAUUACAAAAUUUUUCAUGCAUUUCUAAUCAAUUCAUGUAUUUUGAAAAAGGUCAUCCAUUUCUAAAGCAUGCAUUGCAAAAUUUGGAUCGAUCUCAUGCAUCCGUUGAGAGUGGACAAAUUGUAGCAGGUCCUUCUGGAUUAUUUCCUCUCAUUCCAUUCUAUUUUCGACAAUUAUAUUUUGUAGAUACUCGAAAAUUGCAUUGCCAUCGAUUCGAUCCUUCCACCUUUUCUGUCACCAACGUGUCUCCAAUGAGUGAACAAUUAUUUGAUGCUUCUCAACUUUGUUACUCGAUCGAUGUCAAUUAUUCUGGAGUCAAGUCCAAAAGCAGCGAAGAAUUUGACAAGGAAUGGAGUUCUCAUAGUUUUUUAGAGCGAGCUUAUUCACAUACAUUAUUUCAUAGAGGAAUUAUGAAAGAUUCAUUUGAUGAAAUUGCCAAAUUGGGAGAAGAUAGUGGAUUGAUUGGAAUAUUGUCAUCAUCAAGUCGAGAACGACGAAAGGAAGUGUUAAAUGUCAUUCAUGGACAAGUUAUAAGCGAGGCGGAUGAUUCCACAAUGAUUCGUUCGUAA